AAGUGCGACGCGCAAUAUACGGCGUUUUUUUUCCCGUUUGCUGAACAACUGCUCCGUGUAAAUAAAAUUACACACCACAUUUUUAAACAGCUUUGGCAUUAUUCUAACGGACGGUGUGGUGUUGGUAAGAACUACUGUGAAGAGUGUUUUAUUUGAGUCCAGUAUGAGCGGGGGUUUGGCACCAAGCAAAAGUACCGUCUAUGUGUCGAACCUGCCAUUCUCUCUCACCAACAAUGACCUGCACAAGCUAUUCAGCAAAUAUGGCAAAGUUGUAAAGGUCACGGUGGUUAAGGAUAAAAACACUCGGCAGAGUAAAGGAGUGGCGUUUGUUCUCUUCCUGGAUAGAGAGUCGGCUCAUAACUGUGCAAGAGCAGUGAACAACAAACAGUUAUUUGGCAGAACGGUUAAAGCCAGCAUUGCCAUAGAUAAUGGACGAGCAGCAGAAUUUAUAAGGAGACGGAACUACACAGACAAAAGUAGAUGCUACGAAUGUGGGGAUUCUGGACAUUUGAGCUACGCGUGUCCCAAAAACAUGCUGGGAGAGAGAGAACCUCCGAAGAAGAAAGAAAAGAAAAAGAAGAAAAAGGCUCAACAGCCCGAGCAAACCGAAGAAGAAGAAGAAGGAGAAGAAGAAAGUGAAGAAGAGGGAGAAGACCCGGCUUUAGAUAGCCUAAGCCAAGCCAUAGCUUUUCAGCAAGCCUGUAUCGAGGAAGAACAGAAAAAACAGAAGAGGCAGGCAGAGGAUAAUGCUCACGCUUCAACGUCGUCAGACUCCAAGAAGCCACGGAUCAAAAAGAGCGCAUACUUCAGUGAUGAGGAGGAGCUCAGUGACUAAUGGAUGCGUAGACUUGAACGUUUUAUUUGGAUAAAUAUGGACAUUUUUUAGCUGUUUUUUUUUGUGCAGGUGUAAAAUAUGUUUCAAACUUUAUCAUAUGUUGAUAAAGUUUGAAUUUUUUCUGUGUCAAUUCUAUGUUUUUAGUGCAAAAUCAGAUUUAAAAAAAAAAAAGCCAAACAGUUUGGGUACUGCUUUGGUUGGUUGUAAAUAAAAUCUGAUCUUUUUAUAUGCUGCCAGUUUUCUAUUAAAUGUCAAAGGUGA